AUCCCGGCUUUUCCUCCUGGCAGACCCUUUUCACCUGUGAAGUCCCAGCUCCGUGGGACCCCUUUCACGAAAGCAGAAUCGAGAGGAGGCGCCCAGGCAGGAGCACGAUGCCAGCUCUGGUGCCUUGGCUGAGCUGGUCCCCAGGGCUGAACCCCGGGUGCCUCAUGCCUGCCUGUGUAGCACGGUUUUGUCUGCCCUUGACUGUGUGUCUAUUUCCCAGCUCUGCAGAGAGGGGAACACCAUGCCCAGCUGGACCAGCUCACAGAUAAGUUUCAUGGAAAGAACCAGAAUCUUCCAACACAUACCGGGCACAACGAGAAGCCGAGGGAUCCAGAAACAUGGAGUGUGGGGGGCAGAAGCCAUGAGGGGUGUCCGAGGAGGUCAGCUGAGAGAGGCCUGGGGCCACAGAGCGAACUCAGGCUGCUGAGUCAGAGCCAAGACUGGGCUGAAGGCCCAGAAUGGGAACCCCCGCCCUCAGGGUCAUGACCUCAAGGCCAGGCCUCAGUCCUGUAAUUAAAUGUGCUUGGUGAGGGCCUCAAUUUCCUCAUCUGUCCAAUUGGGUUGGAAAUCCCUGCCUUGAAUGAUUGGGAGGGGUCAGCAAGAUAAAGACGGCACUUUGUGAACCCUCUGUGCAGAUUGAACAGGUAUGGACAUUAACAGAGCGGUACCCCUCAUUUCCCGGAGCCCAGCACACGCUCAGAACCUGUUCCAUGAUCGGCAGAGACACGGGAGCCACAUACCGCUGUCCGCUCUGGAGUCACAAAGCACCUUCCCACCCACUUCUCAGGUGAGCCUCACAGCAUCCUUGACGGGGCAGAACAGGAUUAUUGCCCCUGCACAGGCCUGGAAAGGGCAGGGGUGGCCCCCAGCACAUGGCAGUCUGGGAGGCUGGGCCCAAACCCCCUGGCCCAUCGAGGAGCCCUGGUCUUUUCUUGCUGCCACGGAAGUCAGAACUUGGGUCCCUCCCUCCCCCAUGCUGUUUGGAGGCCUCCAGCAGGGGCCUCAGGAGGCAGACCAGGGGGGCAGCUGAGCUGGGCAUGGCUCAGUUCAGGGGCGCACUCUCCCCCACCCCGGGGCUUAGAUCACACACACACACACACACACAUGCACACACACGGCCCGCCCCUUCCUGGGCACACUCGGGAGCUGCCCAUCGCCAGGGCAACAGUCAACACAGACAGAAGCUCCAAACACAGCUGGGCUCAAAUGCUCUCCUCAGCCUGCAGGGCCCCAGUGCCUGUCGGCCACUCUGGGCUCAGGGUCCAGAGGCGCAGUGAGGGAGACCCUGAAAGGCUGUCUUGGGGUCAGGAGGGGAGAGGACGUCCCGGGAGUGGUCCGCGCUCCGGCAGGAGCCUCUGUCUCCCUCUCUGUCUUACACACACACUUGCACGCAUGGGAAGCCACCCCACCCCUGGGCUCCAGAAAACCACGCCAGCUGGAUGUCAGCUGCCUUCAGACAGGCCGCCAGCCUCAGUCUCCUCCACUGCCCGGGGUGGCCCUGUGGUGGGCAGGGCCCUCGCUGGCGGUCGCCAGGGCCCCCGAGCCCUGGAAGCACAGCGGGAUCAGCUGUGGGGAGAACUGCUGGAGGCCGAGAGGCGCAGCCAGCGGCGCUGGGCCGAGAACUGGAGUUUCCUGAAAGACUACGACCCCAUGGGCCGCAGGAAGGAGCCCGUGCAGCUGCCAGAGUGUGUGUCCCGCUUCUCUGACACGGUCCCCAAUUCCACGAACCAGGUCGUGGGCAGCAGGCUGGACACGGCCCUGGGGAAAACCCUCAUCGACAUGGACUUCUUCUUUGUGGAAGGAGCCUGGAAGAAGAAGCUGGAGGAGGAGCUGCAGCCCGUGUAGACGGCGCGGCUGCCGGCUGCCCAGGUCCGGAGGCCAGAAAGCCAAAGGAGGUCUCACUGAAGUCCAGGUGUUGGCAGGACAGUGUUCCUUGCUGGAGACCGGAGGAGUCUGGUCCUCAUCUUCUCCAGCUUUGAGAGGCGGCCGAC